GAAACUUUUUAACAGUUAGUGCGGAAAGAGGAAAAUUCACGGAUCCUUCCUCUGAAAUUUCUUGGAAACCCCUCGUAACUUUCUUUCCACUUUCAAUUUUCCCGCUUUCCAUUUCUCUUUCCUUUUUCCCUUUCUCCUCUCCGUUGGAAUCUCAUUAGUGGAAUCUAGAAAACUGAGAGUUUGUUUUUAGAUCAGAUCUGAAUUAGGAGUGUUUGGGAGCUGAGAAAAAUGCAGACUAGGUACAUGGAGAGAUCGAACAGCAUGGCAAGGGAAAAGAGGGGGUUGGAUCCAAGUAGUAGUGAGGAAGGUCAGCCUGAGAAGAAACGACCUGCUCUUGCCAGUGUUAUUGUUGAAGCUCUCAAGGUGGAUAGUCUGCAGAAGCUUUGCUCGUCACUGGAGCCUAUUCUGCGGAGAGUUGUCAGCGAAGAAGUGGAGCGUGCUUUGGCCAAGUUAGGUCCUGCCAAACUUAAUGGGAGGGUUUCUCCAAAAAGAUUAGUAGGUCCUGAUGGAAGAAACUUACAGCUGCACUUCAAGUCCAAGUUGUCCCUCCCUUUGUUUACAGGAGGGAAAGUAGAAGGGGAGCAGGGUGCUGCAAUCCAUAUUGUUUUGCUUGAUGCUAGUACAGGCCAUGUGGUAACAGCAGGUCCAGAGUCCUCAGUAAAACUAGAUGUUCUUGUGCUUGAAGGUGAUUUCAACAAUGAGGAUGAUGAGGGCUGGACUCAAGAAGAAUUCGAGUCUCGUGUGGUGAAAGAGCGUGAAGGGAAGAGGCCACUUUUGACUGGGGACUUGCAAGUGACAUUGAAGGAUGGUGUAGGAACACUAGGGGAGCUGACAUUUACUGACAAUUCUAGCUGGAUACGGAGCAGAAAGUUCAGACUUGGUCUGAAGGUUGCCUCUGGUUUUUGUGAUGGAAUUCGUAUUCGUGAGGCGAAAACAGAUGCAUUCAUUGUUAAAGAUCACCGAGGAGAAUUAUACAAGAAGCACUAUCCACCUGCAUUGAGCGAUGAGGUUUGGAGAUUGGAGAAGAUUGGCAAAGAUGGAUCAUUUCACAAAAGGCUUAAUAAAGCUGGAAUAUAUAUAGUUGAAGAUUUCCUGCGACUGGUGGUGAGAGACUCACAGAGGCUGCGGAAUAUUCUGGGAAGUGGCAUGUCAAAUAAGAUGUGGGAUGUUCUUGUAGAGCAUUCAAAGACCUGUGUACUAAGUGGGAAACUUUAUGUAUACUAUCCGGAAGAUAUGAGGAAUGUUGGUGUCGUUUUUAACAACAUAUAUGCAUUGAGUGGCUUAAUUGCCAGUGGACAAUAUUAUUCUGCGGAUUCUCUUUCUGACAGCCAGAAGGUUUUUGUAGAUACCUUGGUGAAGAAGGCAUAUGACAAUUGGGUACAUGUUGUAGAAUAUGACGGCAAAUCUCUUUUAAACUUCAAUCAAGUAAAGAGUUCAGGUGCUUCUCAAAGUGAUCUUACAAUGGGCCCCCACUCUUUUGACUAUCAACUUAGUUCACCUAGUCCACCUAGUCUGCCAGUUUCCAUUCCUUCAGAGCAGCCUUCUAUGAAUCCAAGCUUGACUGUUGGAGGGUAUGAUGAUAAUGUUGGGACCAGAUAUCCAGUAGAGUUGCAGAAUGUGAAUCUCAAUGCUCCUAUUCAGUUGGAUGGCACUUCCUUCUCUCGACAUAACGAGUUGAUCAGCACUCAGCAAAAAGUCCAGUCUCCUACGAGUGAGAAUGUACUGGCCCUUGGUCUGCCACAAUCAUCCACGCCAAACUUUCAUGCUGGUGGCACGUCAAAUGCUACUUCUUAUAGGGGAUUUGAAGAUUAUUUCCCAGAGGAAGAAAUUCGCAUGAGGAGUCAUGAAAUGCUUGAAAAUGAAGACAUGCAGCAUCUUCUUCGAAUUUUCAACAUGGGAAGCCAUGGUCAUUCCUCCAUUAAUGUUACCGAAGAUGGCUAUCCUUAUUCAUCAGCAUACAUGCCCAACAUGUCUUCAAACUUUGGUUUUGAAGAGGAUCGAGCACGUCCAUCAGGUAAAGCUGUUGUUGGCUGGCUGAAACUCAAGGCAGCCUUGAGAUGGGGCAUCUUCAUCAGGAAGAAAGCUGCUGAGAGAAGGGCACAAAUCAUUGAAUUGGAUGACUCAUAG